AUGAGUCUUAGACAUGCAUUACCAACGAUUAAUAUAAAUGUUGAUUAUCUUAAGAUAAAGGAACGAAUUCAGGAUUUUUUACUGAAUUUUAUUCCUAAACCUUACAAUAUUAAAAAUGAUGUUCAAGAUAUCUCUGAAAUGAAGUUAUGUGAAUUUUAUUCUGAAGAUACUGUGCCUAAAUAUAUGAAAGAAUUGCAAGCAAUUGCGAAUAGGGUUAAAGAUAGUAUUACAAUUGAUUUAAAGGACCUUGAAACUUAUGAUCCUGCUAAUAAAGAUCUUGUUAAUAAUAUUAUGAAUAAUACAAAACGAUAUAAUGAUAUAUUUUCUAGAGUUAUAGAUACUAUUAUGCCUGAUUCUACUGUUGAUAUUUCUUAUACUGAUGAUGUUAUGGAUAUCAUAAUGCAUCAGCGAAUGCAGCGUAAUGAAAUUGAUCAAAAUAAUGGUUUAGAAAAUAUCUUUCCUCUUCAGUUAACUAGAAGGUUUAAUCUAUAUUUUAAACCAAUUGAUAUAUAUGAAAAAGGACAUAUAAAGGUAUAUACUGUGAGAGAACUUAAAAGUUUUCAUUUGGGACAUUUGGUCACUGUACGGGGAAUAAUUAUAAGAGUUUCUGAUGUUAAACCUUCUUUGCAGAUAAAUGCAUAUACUUGUGAUCACUGUGGUUACGAGAUUUUUCAAGAAAUUAAAGCCAAACAAUUUAUUCCUAUUAUAGAAUGUAUAAGUGAUGAAUGUAGAAAAAAUAAUUCGAAAGGACAGCUUUUUAUGUCUAGUAGAGCAUCAAAAUUUAUACCAUUUCAGGAAGCUAGAAUACAAGAAUUGACAAGUCAAGUAUCAGUAGGUCAUAUUCCAAGAACUUUGGUUAUACAUUUAUAUGGGUCUAUUACUAGAAGUAUGAAUCCGGGUGAUAUUUUAGAUGUUUCUGGUAUAUUUUUGCCUACUCCCUUUGUUGGAUUUAAGGCAAUUCGUGCUGGUUUGCUUACUGAUACUUAUCUUGAAUGUCAGUAUGUUAAUAAAUUAAAAAAGCAAUAUGAUAUUAUAGAAAAUACACCUGAAAUGAUAAAACAGAUCGAAAAACUUAGUGUUUCUAGUAAUGUUUAUGAACAACUUUCUAAAAGUAUUGCUCCUGAGAUUUAUGGACAUGAUGAUGUUAAAAAAGCACUUCUUUUAUUGUUAGUUGGAGGUGUUACUAAAGAGAUGCAUGAUGGGAUGAAGAUUCGAGGUGAUAUUAAUAUAUGUCUUAUGGGCGACCCGGGUGUUGCAAAGUCUCAGCUUUUGAAAUAUAUCUCAAAAGUUGCGCCAAGGGGUAUAUAUACUACUGGGCGUGGUUCUUCUGGUGUAGGUCUAACUGCUACUGUAAUGCGAGAUCCUGUUACUGAUGAAAUGGUUUUGGAAGGAGGUGCUCUUGUUUUAGCUGAUAAUGGUAUAUGUUGUAUUGACGAAUUUGAUAAAAUGGAUGAAUUUAAUCGAACAGCAAUUCAUGAAGUUAUGGAGCAACAGACUAUAUCUAUUAGUAAGGCUGGAAUCGUUACUACACUUAAUGCUAGAACAUCUAUUUUAGCAGCAGCUAAUCCUUUAUAUGGAAGAUAUAAUCCUAGAGUUACUCCUGCUGAUAAUAUUAAUUUGCCUGCUGCUUUACUUUCUAGAUUUGAUAUUUUGUUUCUUAUUUUGGAUACUCCUACUAAAGAUGAAGAUGAAAGGUUAGCUCGACAUGUUUCUUUUGUUCAUAUGAAUAGUCGUCAUCCUGAUAUGAAUUUUGAGCCAUUAGAUCCGGUAAUGAUACGUAGUUAUAUAUCUCAGGCACGACUUAAAAGACCUGUAAUAUCUAAAUCUGUAUCGGAUUAUAUUGUAGGUUCUUAUGUUCAAAUGCGUCAAAGGCAGAAAAAAGAUAAUGUGAUGAAACAGUUUACUUAUAUAACUCCACGAACUUUAUUAGGAAUUUUGCGUAUGUUUAGUGAUGUUGUUGAAAUUGCAGAUGUAGACGAAGCUCUUAGAUUAAUAGAAGUAUCGAAAUUGUCAUUAUAUGAAAAACAUGAUUUUGAUUCCGAUAUUACUUUUUCUUCUAAAAUUUACAAGAUUAUUCGAGAUUUGGCUUACGGUGAUGGUGAAAAGUUUAUAGACGAAUGGAAUAUGAGAAUUAUUAGAGAAAGGGUUUUAGCUAAAGGGUUUACUGAUGAUCAACUUGUUGAAUGUAUAAAAGAAUAUCAAGAUUUAGGUGUAUGGCAGCUAAUAUUAGAUGGAAGUAAAUUGAAAUUUAUUAUUGGAUAUAAUGAAAAUGAUACUGAAAUACAUAGUAUGAUGGAUAUUAAUUAA